AUGGCAUCUGAAGCCGAUCGAAUCCUCAUAACCGGGGCCGCCGGUUUCAUUGGCCAGGAGCUCAUCACCGCCCUCCUUCUCUUAUCGCCUUCCGUCCAUCUUACAGCAAUAGACAUCACAGCCCCUCCAAUUCCACCCCAAGCUCUUUCUCACGCAUCUCGUGUAACAUCACUCCAAACAGACCUUACCUCAUCAGAAGCCGUCGCCUCUCUACUUUCGAGUCACUCGCGUUUCGACGCAAUCUACCUUCUUCAUGGCAUCAUGUCUGGAGGCGCAGAAGCGAACCUGGAACUAGGUCUUGCCGUAAACCUCGACAGCCACCGCCUAAUUCUUGAUGCCUUGCGUCAAGAAGCAUCGCCGCAUCGCGGAACUGUUGUCGUGUUCCCCAGCUCAUUGGCAGUCUACGGUCCUGCAGCACCAGGGCAGUUCAACACCGAGACAACUUGCCCGAUACCUCAGUCUUCGUACGGCGCUCAGAAGCUGAUAAUCGAGAAGCUUCUGGGAGAUUACUCACGCCGCGGGCUGCUAGAUGGAAGGAUUGUGCGGUUACUUACCAUCAUCGUCCGUCCGGGUGCCCCAAGCGCGGCGGCUUCUUCCUUUGCUUCGGGCAUUGUGAGGGAGUCGCUCAAGGGCGAGGAGAACAUCUUACUAGUGGGUCCAGAACUGCCUAUGUGGGUGUGCUCUCCGACAACGGUGGUCAAGAACCUGGUGGACGUCAGGAGCAUUCCUCACGGGAAGUUUGGGGUUUCUAGGGUCUUGAAUUUGCCUGGUGUUACAGUCACUGUGGCGGAUAUCUUGAAUGCACUAGAGGUUGUCGGAGGCACAGAAGCUAGGAAACUAGUGCGUGAAGAGAGAAGCCCGCAGAUCGAGGCGAUUGUCGGUAGUUGGCCUGCUUACUUCGAUGUUUCGAAGGCCAUUGACCUCGGCCUUUCUCCAGAUGAGGAUUUGAUAACCACAGUCAAGGACUUUGCAGAGCGCCUUCGGGCCGGUGUUUAG